GUCGGUGACAGUCCCCAGCUCCGCGGCGGGAGCGUGGAGCGCCUUCGGCUCCUUAUUGGCUGGCCGGGGUGGAGUUCGUCGCGAGGAAGGCGUGGCUUCCAUCAGCUGUUUCGGGUAAUGCCAGGAAGCAAGUGUAUUUUGGAAACAAUGCCGUGCGGUGCUGGCGGCGGCGCCUGAGGUUGCAGCCCGGGGACUUUCCGGCUCCCGCUCUUUCCGCUGGCCACUCUCCCCCCCUGCGCGGGUGCAGAUGACUGUUCUGCUUUCGAGAGGUUGCUGAUCUUCCGCCUCGCAUGUCCCGGGGCCCGGCUCCGUCUCUGGGCUACGGCAGACGUCGCGCCAGGGCUGCACAGCACCAGCCACGGUGCAGAGUCGCAGCAGUGACUGGAGGUGAAAUGGACCCACCGGGCUACCUGGAGGAUGACUUCUCUAGCCUGGAUGGGCUGGAUGAUGAUGUGUUCCACUCUGACGACUGCGGACUUGCCAGUCAGCCCAGUGAGAUUACCUUUCCUGGCAUUUUCACACAGAGCCAGUCUUACAGCUGUCUGCUAGGGAGGUUCCAACUCUUCCCACUCACACACUGCUGUGGUCCAGGAAGCAGGCAUGCCAAGCAGCAGGACAAGGCUACACAAACACUCAGUCCAUCCUCUUCCAGACAGGAUGUCAUGUUACCUUGUGGAGUGACUGAACAGCCACAGAGACUUUUUUAUGGGAAUGCUGGAUACCGUUUACAUGCCAACCCAAUUGGUUUCUCAGUGAAUCCACACCUCCAGGAAGAACCUCAGGAAAACCCACAAGAACUGCGUACUGAAGUUCAGAUUGCUCGGAAGUUACAGUGUAUUGCAGACCAGUUCCACAGGCUUCACCUACAGAGGCACCAGCAGAACAGGAAUCACAUCUGGUGGCAGAUCCUUCUUUUCCUUCACAACAUGGCCUUGAACAUGGAGGCAAAUAGACACCGUGCCGGUCGGAGGUGAGACUUGGCCAGCCUCUUCCAGUUCACAUCCAGUCUGCUGGAAGCACUAAACACCUUCAGGGCAGAGAUGCACAUGCUGCUGGAUUGAUGUGAGCUUCCUGGGAAAUGGAGGACCCUUUUGUUGAACAAAUGUCUUCUUUGACAAGAACUUGUGUUCUUUCUUCCUAACUUCUUGUCUUCUGCAGAGGGGAGCUUUGGUCCAACACUGACAAAAAAAAUCUUCCAAGAAAUGCCAUUUUCAGAACUGAGAUACAAAUGAGGGACCUGGUAUAUCAAGAAGCUUCCAUUUUAGCUGAGGAUGAGUGGGCAGCAUUUUGUAACUUUAGCUGCUGGUUAUAGGGCUAAUGAAUCACGAUGAACCCGCAGUUCAUGUGGGUAGUUUCCAAAUGAGACAUGCUUGACUCACCCAGGGGGAAACGAGGAAAACAGCAUUAGUUCAAUAGCCUAUGUUUGCAGUUGUGCAGAAAGUAUUCAAUCCCUACAUUUUGGGACACUGGUGUAAAAGUGGGUUGGAGAUGCUUGAACAGAGAUGUAAUAUUUCCAGAAAUAUUGAAGCCAUGGGAGAAAGGGGGGGGGGGUUGGUCUUUUCUCUUAACACCAAGAAAUGUUGGGGGAGGGGUUCAACUAUAUGCAAGACUUAUAAAAUUUAAAUUUUUCUACUUUUAGUACAUAAAAUGUAUUUUAUACAAUUUUAGCAGAUAAAAUGGUACUUGGUUUGGUAUAUUUAUGACAUUAAAAGUAUAAAUGCCUUAAUUUUCUUCAAACAAUAAUAUGCCCAGUGUUAAAAAUGAAGUAAUAUGAUUGCUGCAUCCUGAGGUACCUUAAUAUAUUGUGUCUUUUGUUUCUGACAGUUGGAAAAAUUAUAGACAAAAUAUGUUGAACACCAUCAACAUAUGGUAGUAAGCAAAAAGAAGUUGAAGUAGUCCUAGCUUAAAAAGGGUGAUCUGCAUCCAAAGAACUAUGUAACUGGUUCUGCUCACCCAAGGAAACCUUGGCUUGUGGCUCUGGAACAGCAAUCUGCCUUACCUCAUGGCUAACCACUUUUGAACCUGAGGAGUCUCAAAAGCAGCUGGUGAUGUGACAUUUUGAUCUGCGGUGCAAAGAAAAAGUGGUUUAAAAAUAUUUUGGGUAAUCACAAGUUCCUCCUGUGCAUUAUUUUUGGAUACUGCCCAGUAUGUAGACUUCAGAGUUAUCAGAACCAGAAAAAACUCACAUUUUUAGGGGGAAAGCUGAUAAAAUAAAUACAACUUAAUUACAUUACAGGGACAGCAAUACGGUCAGAUAUUUGGUUAAUACUGUAAUGGUUAUUGUCAUACACCAGUUGCAAUUUAAACCUGUUGACCAUGGGAAUAUACUCCUUUGCCAGGGGAACUUGCUUAUAAGCAAAUAUACAUAGGAUUGGGCUGUCGUGUCAUAAAACUGUAAACAAAACUAGCUAUCCUGGACCCAUAUUUAUUUAUUUUUAUUUAUUUGAUUUAUAUUACAUUCAGUCCCAUUAAAUAUAUCCUUGAAAAUACCCAGAUAACUCAUGCUUAUUUAUCUAAUCAGAAUCGAUGUCUGAAAUAUCUGCAACUUGAUUCUGAACUUGCUUGACCUUCAAGAAUUUCAGAAAAUGGAACGUUUGCAUGAAGUGAAACAAGCUUCUUUAUGUCUUUCACAGUAGUUUAUUUCCUAAUGUGCAUAUGUAUGUUUCAGCCAUUGAUCAGUUUAUUUCAUUCAAUGCAGAAGAUGGAUGGCAAGUGAGAAGAAAGAAGAGUCAAAGGCUGUAUUGUACUAUGCUGUUGUUUUAGGGGCAAUACUCUGAAGGUCCAAGUAUAUGUGACAUAUGAUACAAGUCACAUGGACAUCAGAGGGACUUCAUCUUAAAAAUCACUCCUUUGCUCAGAGCUGGUCAGAACACUGUGAGAAGAGAGCAGGGUUUUUGCCUUCAUUGCCUAGCCAUUUUCCCUAGUGGAAAUGGCCAAUGGGGACCCUGGGCUUCAUUCUGGCCUGGGAUCGUGGAGCCAAGGACAUGGGGAGCCUGAGAAAGGAACAAAAAGCCCCCAGGGCUAUUUCUGCUAGGGAAAAUGAUGCAGGUGUGAAGGCAGAAGACCCUCAUAGUACUCUGAGCAACAUGAAGUGAUGGAGGGGAUUUUAAGGUGAGUUUUUAAAUUAAAAGUUGGGUUAAUUCAAAGGGCCAUCAUGAGUCAGGUUGAGAGAUCCCCAACCAAACUCAUGUCACAUGUCAUGUAUUAGCUAGGCCUUCCACAACCAAGUAUCUGUUCUGCAACACUGCAACACUCUUUUCUAAGCUGAAGUUCCAGGGAGUUGCUUAUUUAGUUAUUUAGUCCAAUUCAGUUUCCAAACUAUUGCUACCAUCAUUGACUUUUCAUCUUGAAUAUAAGAGAUUAGCAGCAGCAGUCUAAAUUGGCUGCAUGUUCUUUGAAAACAAUGCUUUCACAAGUAUUUCAUUCAACAGUUGCAAAAAAAAGUUUUCUAAGAGCCCCCCCUUCUAAUGUUUCCAUUUUAGGUUAGGGGUCCAAGAAGGGCUCUUCUCUUUAAACUUUGCAGUAUUUUUCAACACUCUGUUGUCUAUUGCCAUCUACAUUUGCUGCCAGUGUUCCUAUGAAGCUAUCUUUUGCAACAUUUGUGAUAAUUGAAAUAACUGUAUAUUGGAUACGUAUUUUUUCCCAAAAAUUUCCAUGAGUUGGUAGUAUUUGCAUAAAACUUUUAUAUGAAAAGGCCAUCUUUUCUAGUUGGCAGCCUUCAUCCAGAGUUUUGAUUGUAACAACAUUUUUGCUGGUAGAAUACUUUGGUAUGUCUAGUUUAUACAUUAUAAUCUUUCUGUUCCUCCUCUUUUUUUCCUCAGGGCUUUUUGGCAGCUAUUUUAUACCGUGUAGAUAAUCAACUGUCCAUCAGUUUUAUUUGAGUAAUCUCUUUGGUGUUCUGAUCAAAAAUAUUAAACAUAUCCUAAUGCAGAGCUGGUUUGUAGAAUCCAGACAGUAUAUUCCAACUAUGGCUGGCUGGCUUCACCUGCUUGGCAGUGGGUGUCCAGGAGGAGUGGGGACAUGAGGCAUUAGCUGUUGGUGAUGCCACUUCUGGUUUCCCCCAGAAGCGAUGUCACAUCUCUCUAGCAAUGGCCAGAGGCUCUGGUAAAACCACAGAAUGUUUGGCAAUUCCUAGAAAGAGCUGAUGUCACUGCUGGAAUUUUUCCCCCCGCAAUUAAGUCAGUCCUCUCUAUUCCAAAAACUCUAUGGAUUCCUAGGCCCCUUCCGCACACGCAAAAUAAUGCGUUUUCAAACCACUUUCACAACUGUUUGCAAGUGGAUUUUGCUAUUCCGCACAGCUUCAAAGAGCACUGAAAGCAGUUUGAAAGUGCAUUAUUCUGCAUGUGCGGAAUGAGCCCUAGAGAGGUGUGAUGUCACUUCAGUGAAUCCCGCAGAAGUGAUAUGUGGUUGGCCUGAGAACCAUUAAAAAAAAUCUAUUUGGAGCAAGGGAAUUUCCAUUGCCAUUACAGGGGCUGACAGCCUAAUUCCCAGUGCUCAAAAAUACGGGAGGCUGGCAUGAUUACAGAGAAAAAAAGAUAUUGCAAUUAGUGAAUACUGAGUUUAAUAAUAUUGGAUUUUAUUGUAGACAAUAUUGAUUUUUGGUGACUAAUGAUCAAUUACAAUCAUAAAUUAUAUUUAAAAGCA